AUGCCUUUUCCGAGCCGUGGAUGUCAUACGUGCAAGAAGCGACGGUGCGAUGAAACAAAGCCAUCCUGCGACCGUUGUGCAAAAGCAAAAAUCAAUUGUCAGGGCUAUAGUGGCAUUGAAAAAUACGAGUUCUUGAACGAAAACGAGGCAGCGAGUGGUAAGAUAAAACGACCUCGAGGUCCCAAUCUGCGGCGGUCAAUGCAACUAAAUUCACCAUUUCAAUCCCCCGUGCCAGAAAAACAGACAAGACAUGUCAAUAUGACGAUAGACGAAGCCAAUUUAAUCAAACUUCCAAGCAUCCCACAUGUCACUUUUGUCCAGACACCAGGAAGAAUGUUUACUAGUCAUAAUAGCCGAAUAAAUUGUUGUGUCGGUUCUUUUCAGCACUCCUCAAUUUUCAGCCUCGCAUCGUCAACGAUUUGCCGACUUUCUUCUUGGACGAUUGCAUCACCGGAACAAGCAUCUCAUGCCAUAUCUACCUGUUCCACAUUACAACUCGCUAUUCUUGCAAUUGCCCACACGACUUUCGGGCGAUCGACAAAGAAUCUUGCUGCUUUAUCAAUUGGGAGUAAGAUAUACUCACAAGCCCUGGCGGCGACGAAUCUAGCGCUGAGAAACUCAGAGAGAGUCGUAAUGGAUGUAGUCAUUCUUACCGUUCUCCUUUUAAGUCAUUUUGAGAAUUCCGUGACCCAAAAAGCUCAAUUUGUCGCUAAAGACAUCAAGAUUAUAGCUGCGAAGGCUUUUAACUAUCAUGAUGGCGCGAUUGCAAUUUUAAAUUUACGACUGCAACGCUAG